ACCACUCACAGCAGCGCUAGCACUUUUGUAGGCAUGACUCGGGAUGAUGACUAUGACAGAGAGAUGGAUUCUAAAGGAGGAAGGCGAAGAGGUUCUUCAGCUUCCUCCGGUCAAUCUACUCUCAAUCAUUUGCACACUAUGAGUUAUAACAACAACAAUAGCAGCAAUAACAGCAAUAGUCAUUAUCAUGCUGGCUAUGAUGCUAGCUUUUCUAAUGCACGCUACAACAACAACCAGAAUAAUAUUAACAAUAACACUAACACUAACAAUAACAAUAACAAUAACAAUAACAAUAACAAUAACAAUCAUCAUGACCGAAUUCAGUACCAUAGCAAUAAUGGCUAUAAUAAUAAUAGCAACUACAUGUUCAAUAAUAAUAAUAUCAACAACAACAGCGGCGGCAGCGGCAACAACAUCAGCAACACUAAUGACAAUAGCGACAACAACAAUUAUAGACAACAUGAGAAUCCAUUUCGGGACACUCAUCCUUCUUACACGAAACAUUCAGCCUACGACGACCAGAAUAACAAUAGUAAUAAGCGAUUACGAACUGCACUCCCACCGCAAGAUGAGGUGCUUCGUGGAAAUGGAAACGGAGCCUUCUCAAGGAAAGGAUUUCAACACAGCCGACAACCGCACAGUCAACACCAUAACCAGCAACAUCACCAGCAUCAAAAUCAUUCAAAGCAUCAAAUUGGAUAUGGAACCAAUAAUAGCAACUCUGGUGGUGGCAAAAAAUUUCGAAACAACUUUAAUAAUGCCAAUAACAACCAACAUAGUCGCAAUUUCAUAACCAAAGUAGAGCGGGCUUCAGCUGGAUAUAGUCAGACUAAUAAUAACAGCCAAGAUGCCAACCGUAAUCGCAAUGCCAAUAACAUUAACAAUAACAAAAAUAGAAAUAAUAGUGGCAACAACGACAACAAUUACCGCCAUGACCGUCAUCACCCCUCGCGUCAGAAUCGAGGAAACAGCGUAGGACAAUUUUCUCCCGGCCCUUCCCAUCGUGAGCGUGGCCAUGAACACGGGCGUGAUCGUUCGAGGAGUUUCAAGUCUCCAACGCCUGAUAUCCAGUCACGAUCAUCUAGAGAGCGCUCUUCCACUCCACAGUUUUCACCUGGCCGCCGUGAUAGUUCGAGUCAUAACCAGAGCCAUGCCCAGAACCAGAAUCACCUUGUUUAUGCUCCUGGCUUUGGCUACGGUUUUGAUGAGGAUUAUGGAUAUGAUCAAGAUUCGUCCAGUAGCGGUAAUAUCCACAAUCAAGGUACAACAUUGUUUGACGAGGAUCGAAAGCGGAGGAGGAGUUCAGGCUCAAGGAGUGCUUCGCCAGGGUCAUCUGCUCUACUUCGCUCUUCUACAAUAUCAGUAGAUAUGGACGAUACAAAGGCUCAAGCGCUACAACAGAAUAAGUCUUCCGAUGCUAUGCAAAUGUCUAUAAGCUCGUAUCCAACAGUGGCACCGACGACAGCGACAGCGACAACAUUAGCAACUUCUUUACCAGGAAACAUUGAUUUGACACCAGGAUCAGCAUUAUCAACACUAUUGAGUUCGCCGACAUGGGCAUCUACAAUACCAACGCUCCUGCAGCAACUCCAGCAAUUACACAAUCAACAGCAACAAAAACAAGUAGCGCAACCGAUGUCUAUCACAGCACAGCAAACUACUUCUACAUUACUCGCAACGCAAGGCCAAGGCCUUACUUCAACUCACUCGUCUUUCGCUGAAGGAGCCCCCAGAACCGGGUCAGAAGCAGCAUCUGAGUCUACUCAGACAUUAUCUUCUUCAUCACAAUUGUUGUCACCAUCAAUAUCAACAACACCACAGCAGUCUCCGCCACCUGAUAAAUAUCAGUAUACAAUAGCAUCUGCGUUGAUUCCUUUAGCUACCAACACUACUACGGCCACGGUUGUGCUUGAAGAUCAGUCUACGGCUAGUCAGCCUGGGACAAUAGAGGAGGGAAGCCAAGGCGAACAACUCGGUGAAAGCAAAGCAGUCCCGAUGCUGGUAUUGGCAGCAAGCAGCAAUAGAGUGGAAGCAAUACACAAUGCCUGCUUGACGGAACGUUCGUCCUCAGGCCCAUCAUCGGAUUUCGCUGGGGAUACGGUGAUAAUCAAGACAGAGGAAGGCAGCAGUCAUAACCAAAAACUUGAGCGUUUAGAGCAUCAAGUGAGCUCAAGUAGUGAGUUUCAUGAAAAAAGUGCUAAUAUUAAUACGGCCACGCUAUUGAAGAGGAUCGAGGGUCUGAACAAACAUCUAGAUGGGAAUGCAGACGCAAAUCUGGCUGUGAGCAUGCCUGUCAAAAUGGAGUCAAUUAUGAAGCCUUCUGAGACUAUUGUGUAUGCUGUUCCUUCCAUCUCAUCUUCAAGCCAUCCCUAUAAGCUGGACCAGGAGCAUUUAGCGCCAUCAACAUCGACGGCAGCGGUGGCAAAUACAGCGCCAAGUUCCUUAUCAUCAUCAUCUUUGUUGCCACCUGUGUGUACAACUGUAUCCACAUCUGAGCUCACCAGUUCAACUUUAUCAGAUCCGGCGACUACCAUGCUUUUGGACACUAUCCAACCAAUUAUAUCACAGCCAGCAACCACUGAUGUCCUAGAAGCGCAGCAAUCACUGGAAUCAAGAAGCAAUACUGCAUUAAGCGAUAACACUAUAAUCAAACCUAUCAAACCUAAUAAUAUCGAGCUAUCCCGAGAGUCUGUGGAGGGAUCUUUAAACGAUGCAGUGUCCGGAGCUGUAACAGGAUCUACAAGUAGACUUACACUUAAUCAGGAUGUAUUAGUAGGCGACAUGGAUGCAAAUGUCAUUGUUUCUAGGGAUGUCUCUGCUGAAACCAAGUUUGGAACGAACAACACCCACGUGUCUGUGGACGCUUCGGAUACGGAAUUUCCCUCUGACGUCCCCUCCAAGGAUCUGGCCGUAGGUCAGGUUGAACUGAACAAUGUUGCGAGCCAACGAACGAUUGGAAUCCCAUCAGAAUCAACGAAAGGUCAUACGGUGGAAGAUUCAGGAGGUCCUAAUAAUGCAUUAGCAAUAACCCCUAAAACAAGGGAUGGUUUGGAAUGGGGCUUAACCAUGAACGAACAGCAAUCCCAGCAGACUGUUGGUGAUCUCACUGAGGGGCCAUUGGAACAUAGUUUAUCUGAUACAGAUCCAUCAGAGGCAAACGGAAUGUUGUCGCUAGAUUCUUCUCAAACAAUUGUUGAGGAGCAAUCAAUGUUAGAACAAGGUGUGGAAAUGAGCAUGAACAAACCUAUUAGAUCUAGCGUCACCAGCGCCACCUCUCCUCAGGAGACAGAUACAGCAAUCAUAACUUUCAAGAAACAUCAGUCAAUUUCACCAGGGGCUGGUGUUGUAACAAGAACUGUCACUGACAUCAUCACUGAUGCCGCAGAUGAAAAUGUCAUGGAGGAUUUGAUCACUGUAACGGAACCUAAAUUUGAUACAUUUGACUCGCUGCAAGGCUCUGAAACUGAGCAGUCAGUCUCAGCGAGCAAAAAUGGCAUCCACCUAGUAGAUAAAAGAGAGGGUGCAGAAAAGACAGUCGUAUCGGAGCCUGAAAUGCGGUCUAAUGACUGUGUUCGAUCAUAUAUCCAUGACAUUACAGAAAGCUUGAGUGACAUGGAUGUAGAUGGUCCACAAACAGUUCCGAAUGUCAGAUCAUCAUCUUCUCCCGCUCCGGCCGGGACAAUUGCCAAAAACGAUGGCUGGGAAACUCAUAGUCAGAGUAAUGCUAUUGACAAGAUGAAGCAAAGGCGACGUUCUUCGACCUCUCCAUGGUCUCAGAUAGAUAUUACAGACCAUGAUAAUGAACAGCGGCAGCAAAGAUGUCCUCUCAUGAGCUGGCACUACGUUCCCGGAUCAGAUAUGGCUUUUUUGUCGGCCAUGGCCGCAACGGAUGCAGAUCUGGAGCGCUUCAGACGCGAAUCUAGAUGGCUAGAAGAGCGCAUCCGCCGGCCGAGGUGGGAUAAGGACUCGGAACGUGUGUUGGACAAGUCGUUAGGGCUGACUAGGGAUGUUCCACACCCAUACUCACAUCCACUCAAGGAACACCAAGAACAAGGUAGCGACCAUCAAGACAGCAGCUACAAUAAUAUUAAUAGAGCCGGCACAGAUGAUGCCUCAGCAGCAAAAAUGGCAGUAACUUCAGGGACCACAUCUGCAGUUCGAUUGAGCUCCAAUUCACGGGUUGCGUUCUCUAUGCUCAAGACCAAUCUAUUGUCAGAUCUGGAAGAGCAAUCGCGUCUGGAGGCGGAUCAGCAGACGCUCCUCAAGGUACUAGACCGUGCUCGGGCUCAAAUGGAGGAUAAGAAGAAGCAGGCACAACAAAUCGAGGAAAAGCUUCGGGGAUUGUUGAUGCGGCAAGCAGGUUUAGAUCAAGAGUUGUUACGAGUUCGUAAGAUGGAGAAGGAUUGCUAUGAAAUUAGAGAUCAACAGCGUAUUCAGGCUGAGAAAGAGAUUCAACAGCUUGAGGAGACAUUGAGUUCUCUGCAGCAGCAACAACAACAGUCACAACAAUAGAAACAACAGAUGAAGGAAAGUAAGGAAAGUAAGGAAAGCGGUAGUAGUAGCUACCCGAGAACCAAGGUUCUAUGUAUUUGAAUGGCAUAGAAAUGCCUGUUGUAAAGUAGAAAUGAUCCAGAUAAACUUUUAAAAGAAAACACAGUACUUUUUUAUUAAC